CAAAAAAUAUAGCACGACAGAGUUAAUAUGAUGUGCAAAGCAGCUUGCGCUAUCAUGUAAGUAUGUACAGCAUCAUUCAGUUGCGAUCGGCACAUUUUUCAUCGCCUAGUACGCUUCUUGCCUUUUCAGUUUCGCUUUCAAAUAGUUGGGAAGAGAAUCGAUAACAUCUUCAUGAUCAAAACUCGAUCGGGAUUGCAAUUCCGAACUCCGACACUGCUCUACUGACCGCAAUCAAUACAUCGCGAAACUCGUACAGAUGCAGAUUCGGCAGUAGAACUUGUGUUGAACAGCACGUGCCCGCGUCGUCGACCAGCGAUGGAUGGUGCGAACGCAAACCUUCAAUCCGCUCCUGUGUGGUUCAAGCACAACUCGGCGAUUUUCCGCCACCAUAAUUCCUGACUGUCACCGAAUUUUUGCACACAUCGGCUGCGCACACCAGAACGCUGGCGUUACCCUGGCGGGUGGAAUUGCCAAACAGACAACCCCUUUCGCGGCUACAAGGUCGCCCGGUGUGAUCGACGUUCUUGUACCUCGUCUGCACUUGCAAACGCAAAGGGCGACUCGGCGACAUUUCAGUGCCUUUCCUUUUGCGACGACCGGCAGCGGCCUCAUCCACCUGUCCAGAGUAAAAUUUUCCAAUGUAGUCAGAGUCGCCAGCCCGUCGUCCGUCGUCGUCGAUAGUCAGCAUACUGACACGCAGCAGAAGGCCGGCUCUUCUAUAGUACCCCCCGCACCAGCAGACGCGGCACCCAGCAGCGGUAGUGCAAGUGGUGCGCGGGACCACUCCCACGGCGACGCCAGUGGAGGUGGUUCAUUCUCGAGUAAAGCGAAGCAAGCGCUGACCCUUCUCGGCCGAUUUGUGCAGUUCUUCGGAUUGCUCCAUUGCCUGCACGAGUAUGGAUUUGACUUCUGCACGACGGUCGGAGCCUCCAUGGAGCCCGUGUUCUCGGAGACUGGCAACGUCUUGCUGUAUGAAAAAUUUUCCAAAUAUUUGUACCCAGUGCCCGUCCUAGGCCAGGUAGUGGUCUUGAACUCCCCGGAGAACCCGGGUGUCCGCGUUUGCAAGCGAGUUGUCGCAUUAGCUGGCGAUUUGGUUGUUGUACGGGAACGGAACCAGGACCAGUACUUACCACGUGGUACCGGGCACCAGGUGCCUCCGAUAGAAGAUCGUAUAAUUCGCGACAUUUCAUCAGCAGGUAAUUCAAAUUCUUUCGCCCCGUAUCACUAUCGGCGACCUUUCUCGUCGACCUCGACGCGGGUCGAGCGAGUGCCACAGGGACACGUCUGGGUUGAAGGCGACAACAAGGGGAAAUCGAACGACAGCCGCCACUACGGGCCAGUUCCGCUCGGCUUGCUCGAGGGCAGGGUGAGACUGUGUUUGUGGCCGCCGAACUCGAAAAGCUUGUACGUAGCGGCCGAAAUCGCCCCGGAAAACAAAACCUCCAGGAUCUUGGCCGCGAAGAGCUGUUGA